GCCCCGUUAAAGGGGAAAGUUGUCAGCUCCACCGCCCGAUCCGAUCCGAUCCGCUCCCGCUGCCGAACCGCUCGGCUUCGCCGCGACUUCUGCCCUGCACCACCACCAAGAUGCUGCUUUUGCUGCUGGGCAUCAUCGUGCUCCACGUCACCGUCCUGGUGCUCCUCUUCGUCUCCACCAUCGUCAGUCAAUGGCUGGUGAGUGACAAGCACACGGCAGACCUCUGGCAGAACUGCAGCAAGGUUGAGAUGGGUGACAUCUUCCACUGCCUGACAUCAUCCACAAAUGAAUGGCUGCAGUCUGUCCAGGCCAUGAUGAUCCUCUCCAUCAUCUUCAGUGUCUUGUCCCUGUUCCUGUUCUUCUGCCAGCUCUUCACCCUCACCAAGGGUGGGAGGUUUUACCUGACUGGAAUCUUCCAAAUCCUUGCUGGGCUGUGUGUGAUGAGCGGGGCAGCCAUCUUCACAGUGAGGCACACGGACUGGCACCAAGCCUCGGAAAACAUUCCCUAUGGCUUCGCCUACAUCCUGGCCUGGUUGGCCUUUCCCUUGGCCCUGGCCAGUGGCAUCAUCUACGUCAUCCUACGGAAGCGGGAGUGAGGCGAGGGGCCUGGGACAGGACAAGGGCACUCCUGGAGUCCACAGGGGAGAUGAAGGCGGGGGGAAAAAAAAAAUAAGAUGAGAAAACAGGGAAAAAAAAAAAAAAAAAAAAGCGC